CGGAAUCUGUUAAAAAACCAGCUCCCUGGGUGAUGAGAUGGACUCCACAGCACUUCUAGAAACACUGCCUCAGACUCGGCCAGAGAUAACGGCUCCCAGGAGGGUCCCCGCUCACACGGGGGGGUGCCCCGGGAGGCCCAGGCAAGGAAGGGAGAGGCGAAGCUCCGCGCAGAAGCUGCACCAGAGGCGGGACAUCUCCUCCUGGCUGGCCAGAUGGUUCCCCAAAACCCCAGCCAAGGCUGUGGUGGCCCAGAAAACACCCAUCAAAGUGGAGCUGGUGGCUGGGAAAACCUACAGGUGGUGUGUGUGUGGCCGCAGCAAGAAGCAGCCCUUCUGUGACGGCUCCCACUUCUUCCAACGCACUGGCCUGUCCCCACUCAAGUUCAAGGCCCAGGAGACGCGUGCAGCGGUCCUCUGUACCUGCAAGGCCACCCAGAAGCCCCCGUACUGCGAUGGCACCCACAAGAGCGAGCGGGUGCAGAAGACAGAAGUGGGCUCCCCACUCUGAGGGGGUGGCUGCCGCCCAGCGCCAGGCCUAGAGAGGUACCCCCAUUGUGGGGAAGGAAACGGAGUGCUAAGCCCAAGAAGGGAUCAUCCAGGGACCCCGCUACCCACAGCUGGCUUGUGAAAAACGUGCUCCCUGUAACUGAGGUGUCUAAUCUGGGGACCUCUAACCUGGUCCAAUGCCUGCUGGUAGACGAGAUGGCAUUAAACAAGCAUGCCUGCCCAGA